AUGCUCCUCAAACAAGUUGUCUCUCCGCGGAGGGCAAGGCCGCUCCUCCGAAAAGCGUAUCGGAGCGUGCCCCUCGUAUCCGCCAUCACCAUCUUGAUCCUCCUUGCGCAUUAUUUCCAGCCCGCCCUUUACGAAUUCAUCGAGUACGCACGCCAGACACACCCGUGGUCGGCACAGCGUCAGAUCGAGCAGCCCUUCACCCCGACCAAGCAGGAGUUGGCCUGUCUCCAUGGCUCGGCCAAGUCUUCAAACACCUCCAACCCGCACGAUGUCCCCAACGUCGUGCACUUCCUGUACAUUUUCAAAGAACCGCUCGCCCAAGCCCGCGGCAUUCAGUUCGACUUUGUAAACUACCUCGCGGUGCGCAGCGCCAAGAUAUCCCUCCGCCCCGACGAAAUCCAGAUCCACUACGCCAUUCUCUCGCCGUCCGGCAACUCGGUCAACUCCAAGCUGCACCCCGUCACAAACCCGUGGAUCCGACGUCUCCGCGCCGACGUGCGCCUCGUGGAACACAAAAUCGAGAACCCGUACGGCGAGUCCAUGCACCGCAUAGAAGACCUGAUGCGGCUGCAGAUUCUGCUCGACAACGGCGGCAUAUUUCUCGAUACCGACUCCUUCGCCCUCCGGCCGUUUGCGAGCCUCCUCCACCCCGCCGGCUCUCACGACGCGGUGCUGGGCUACGAGGGCGGCAACCGGUACGGCAUGCGCAACGCCGUCAUGGUCGCCCGCCGAAACAGCACCUUUAUCAACGACUGGCUGGAGGAGUACAUACACGGCCCGGUGCGGCUCCAAAGCCCCUCCAAGAGCGUCAUGCUGCCCAAGGAGCUGGCGGCCAAGAAGCCGGGCGCGCUGUGCGCCUUGUCGCCGGGCGCCUUCUUCUGGCCGACCUGGACGUGGAGGCACGUCGGGUGGAUGCACGAGGAGCUCGGCGAGGGGGAGACGGAGCAUUGGGAGCGCGAGAUUGAGAGGAACGGGGGCGCGCUGUUCCACGGCCAGUUGGCCUAUCAUGCCUGGAGCCAGGCCGCGCGGGAGAGGUACCUGUGGAGAUUGAGCCCGGAGGUGGUGAGGAGGAAGAACACGCGGUUUAAUUUGCUGGUGAGGAGGUUUAUGGAGCAGGAUGUAUAG